UGCCUGAUACACGACCGCGUACUAUGCCGCGGACAGACAGCAAAAAAAAAGGGUCUGGGUUUUUAGCUAAUACCGUUCUUUAAAAUAAUUUCAAUCUGUAUUUACUUGUUCAGUUUCAAUAUACCAUCACAGUGCAGCUGUAUUUUAACAAAACACUUUCAGCCGAGACACGCGAUGGAGAGUGAAUAUUUCUAAGAUAAAAAAAAUAAGUACGUAAAGUUGAACCGGAUAGCUAGCUCAUGAUAGCUUGAAUAAUCGUUGCUGGGCACCAGUCUUUUCGUUUACCGACACUUCCAACUCUGCACGUUUUCUUGUUGUUACGACCGAGCUUGCUAACGGCUCAAUUUAAGCAUUACCUAGGAAACGGGCAUGGCGGAAUUUCUCGAAAAUCCGUCAGUUCUCACGAAGGAUAAACUCAAAAGUGAGCUCACGGCCAACAAUGUGCCGCUUCCCAUCUCUGAGCAGAAGAAAAAUGUAUAUGUUCAAUUGUACUUGAAGAACUUGACCGUUCUGAACCAGAAAAGUCCACUUACAGACAUGUUCUCCAGUGAUGAAGAACUACCUACCCCUAUAGUCUCCAACAAGAGUCUUUCUGGAAGAAAAGCCACCAGGAAGACUGACAAGCCUCGGUCAGAAGAAGUGGAAGUGACAGACCUUACAGAUGCAGGCUUAAAAGAUGAGCUGUUGAAGCAUGGAGUCAAUGUUGGACCCAUAGUUGGCUGCACUCGCAUUCUUUUUGAGAAGAAGCUUCAGAAGCUACUGGAUACACCUGCCGCUGAGGCUACCCCUAGCCUAUCCGAGACUGCCACAGUUACCGCUGCAGCAGUCAAGGCAGACGGCAACCAGAACGGCAACACACUCUCUGACCAGUACAGUGACAAGGAGGAAGAUGAGAUUACUGCUGCUCCUGAACCAGAGCCAGCUCCUGUUGUGGAGAAGCCUGUGAUGAGCAGAGGGAAGACUCCUGUCACCAUCAGGACCAGCAGCAGACGGAGCAACAAGGUGGCGGAUGAGAGUCUAGCAACUGGUGACCAGACCCCUAAGAAGACGGGGAAGAAUGUUGAGGAGAUUCUCGCUAAUGAGAUCCUUUCACCCAUAGGCAUCAGCGCCACCUGCAGGAGAUCGAUCCGUGGUGCGGCUGGCCGACCGGUGAAACCCAGCAACUAUUGGCUGAACAAGUCUCUCCUGGAGCGCUCCAUCUACACAGAGUCUCACUCUGUGUGCAGCUCCCUGGGCUCAGAACCGGCCAGGCCAGGAUUCCUCUCUGUCCUAUUAAAGCUCAUGGUGCUCAUCACUGUAGCCGGUUCCAUCUACUUCGUCAUCCAGCACCUUGAUGCAGAUCAAGUCCAGUCCAUCAAGGGUUUGAUAAACGACGCCAAGGGUCACCUGUGUAGCACGGUUGAUAAGGUGGUAGAUGCCGUGGUCGAUAAUGUGAUUGUGCCGCUGGGCAUCGGGGCCAGCAGCAGACAAAGUGCAGGAGCUGAGGGUGGAGGCAAGUAAGUAAUGCACCUACUCCACCCUGCUCUCUUUUAUUAUCAUUUAUUCCACUAUUUUACCAGGCUGUCCAGUUGAGGUCAAAAGACCUCUUGGUCAAGAGACCUGGCCAUGCCCUGUUUUGCCAUUCCCCCCCCCCAAUCUGGUCACCAACCCCAUCUUCAUCUAUUUAUACAUGGUUGCCGAUGACUGACAUUUAAUCUGGGCUGGUAGGCUGUCUCACCCUGUCCCCUCCUUGUUCACUUCUCCUCGCCCCCCGCUAAGGAGAGAAAGGAGGGGCAUUCAACCUAACCAACACCAGCUUCCUGGAAAACAAACCAACACUUGUCAUGACAGUCUGAAUAGACUCGUUUUUAUUAAGUUGUUUUUAAUCAUAGUGUGAAGUGCAUUUUGUCUAUUCUUUGUAUGUAUUUUUCACUUAUGUGUGUAGAUAGAACUCCCAUGUGAUAUGGUGAGGACAGGUCACAUGCAUGGUUGUAGUUUUUGAAGGACAUGGUUGUAGUUUUUGGGGUGUCUGUUGUGCCAUGCACACUGUUAGAACAUGCAUAGUGCCAGGGUUGAGGUCAAUUCCAUUUAAAUUCCAGUCAAUUCAGAAAGUAAACAAAAUUCAAAUUCCAAAGGUUCCUCAUAAAAAGCUUUGGAGAGAAUGAGAAUUGGAGUGUACUUCCUGAAUUGAAAUGGAACUGAACCCAACCCUGCUACUAAUUACGGAAAUAUCUACAAUUAUUUACAAGUAUUUCUGUAUUUAUUUUGAAUAUACAGUGUAGUAUUAAUAAUAGAGAUAUGUAGAAUAAUGUUUUUAAACUAUGAAUUGAAUGGUGCUCAGGUCUAUUCUAAUUUGCUCUAAGUUAAUUGGAUCACUGCUGCGAGGAGUCAUAAUACUGUCCAAUAGUGUUAAAUAAGGUUUUGUCACUGAAUGAGGAGAAGCCCUUUUUCAUGCUAUAAACUAUGAGUUUGAUUGCUAAAACUAUUAGUUGUCUUUAAACUGCUCGUGUAGAGCCCUCAGUACAUUGAAAAGCUGUUGGGGAGAUGAACUGCAGCAAGUAAGCCUGGUCCCAGAUCUGUUUGUGCUAUCUUGCCAACUCUCUUGGUCAUUUUCAGGAGGAGUUGGCUGGACAGCAAAAGCAGAUUUGGGACCAGUCUAGCAGUAAGUGGUCUGGUAGUUGAAUGGCUCAUCAUAGUACCAGAGUUGAAGUGUGAUGACCAAAUCCCAGUAUAGCUUUGUGUGCAUUUGUGUUUCAUCUUUAGUGCUUUGUUGCUCUGAAGAUUCAAGAUCCUUCAGUCCUAUCUAAAGGGCAUGUACACCAUAGCAAAAGGUUUUGAAACAGGAAAACACAAAUGGGUAGUCCUUAUUGGACAAAUAUUCCCUGAUUCUGUGUUUUUUUCCCCAUGUGGUGCCGAAUGAACACGACCUAGGACUGGCUGUCUUUAUAUUUAGUGCAUCCACACAACCCUUCCUAAUGGUUGCAUACAUACUGCUAUGGAUCUUGGAAGAAUUAUAUUUUUGCAAGAGCAAGUAAAUGGCUCAUGAUCCUAUUCUAAUUUUAAUGAGUCAAAAACUCAGAGUUUGCCUCUUGUAUAAUUCAUCUUGAUAGCAGAGGUAAUACUAAUGGGGACAAUAAUUACCUGAGGAGACUAAUGGUAAAAGUGAUAGCCACUUAUGUUGACCAGUUACUGACUUUCAUUUGUCAAGAAGUUGACAUGUUCAUCCACACUGUUUAAAAAAAAAAAAAACGGUUAUUUAUUUAUUUCCGUAUUUUUCUAAUGUGAAUUGUGAAAUUUUUUAUUAUUUUAUUGUAGAGAAAUAAAGUACCAUAGGUGAAAGUGCUAUCCUAAAUCUGAACCUCUUUGUUUACUUGUUACACAAGUGAAUAUAUUAAAGAUUAAAUGUUUUUGACUUUGAUCAGGCAGCUAGCUUCCCAAGCAAGGAUGAAAGUAUAUUGUGGGGUUAAGGUUUUUUAUCUGUUUUUAUUUCUAAUAGAUAAUAUCAUUAAAUAAAUGUGGUUAGUCAAUUCUC